CUUGGGGGCCCAGCACGACGGCUCGUACAGCACCGGUGGUUCUAACUCCUACGACAACACUGCGUGUCCUUCCAAUGCCGCCAAUAUUAUGGCGCCAGUUGCCGGAGGUUCCAAUCCUACAAAUGGCUAUUAUUUCUCCGCUUGUUCCAUCAAACAGUUCAAAAGCGGCCUGAAGGAUGCGUGUUGUCUUAAGGAUACUGGAAAAUACGAAAACCUUGAAGAGUUCAAGUCACAUACUCAGGAUUUACCAGGGCAGCUGUAUGAUGUGAAUAAGCAGUGCAAAAUGCUGCAUGGUGAAGGCUCUAAUCCGUGCCUGAGCUUUAUGUCAAACAACUUUUGUCAGCACUUGUGGUGUACUAACUCUAAUGGACAAUGUUCCACCGGCUACAAACCACCUGCGGACGGUUCUGAGUGCGCGACAGGAAAAUGGUGUAUAGAGGGCGUUUGCGUCAGCAAGGACACUCCUCUAAAGAGCAGCAAAGGGAGCAGUGGCCAAAGCACAGAGUGGUGCCCUUACGGUUGGCCAGGAGACUUGUGCCCGGAUGCAGAUGCUUCGGACAUUAAUGUGGGGAAGGGUUGGGAGAACUGUACAACUGCCAUCAACAGAGAAGGAGACAGCUUUUGUGCAAGUGCGCAGAAUUCAGCAUCCGGUUUCUGCUGUAUGCAAUGCUAUUACUAUUCGCAGUCAAAAUUAACUGGAGUGUGGGGAGAGUGGCAAGAUUGGGGAAGUUGUAGCGCUAGUUGCGGUGGCGGCACUCGCACGAGAUCUCGUACUUGUCCGACUACUGGCGCCUGCGCAGGAGAAUCUUCACAGACUGUGCAGUGUAAUACUGAUCCUUGCGUCGUUUCUCAGCCGACCACUACUGGGAGUAAUAAUGCGCCCUCUUGGGGCCCCUGGGGCGGAUGGUCAACUUGCACAAGGACAUGUGGCGGCGGUACCCGGUCCAGAGACAGAGCCUGUGAAAGCGGUUCUUCAUGCGACGGCGUGUCUUCCGAGACUCAGGAGUGUAACACCAAUGAGUGCCCAGUAUCUUCCGUGGACGGUAAUUGGGGUGGCUGGGGACCUUGGUCUGCAUGCAGCGCCACCUGCGGUUCCGGAAAAAAGACUCGAACCAAAGCGUGCGAUAACCCAGCGCCAUCUAACGGUGGAUCGUGGUGUUGUUAUAACGGCUGGUGUCAGUUUAACAGUUUGAAAAGCACCGAGUUCUGUAACGCUGGCCCAUGUGGUGGAGGUUCGUGCACAGAUAAAAGAUUCUGCAGAACCUUUGACAGAAGAAUUUUCAAAAUGUACUGCGUAAAGUCAAAGGCUUUGAAAGAUUUCUGCUGUUUGUCGUGUAGUGGUGUCUGAGACCUGGACUGUGAACAAAAAGUCGAACAACGAUUCAAGACAAAAAGACAGGAAAACGAUAAAAAGGAAUCAAAUGGACUUUCAGAGCUUCUACACUUUUGCAGACGCGUUGUUUAAAAAAUGUGAAAAGAUUCUGCAUGAUAACCUUAUACAGUUUGUACUAGUAUGAUUUAUUGAACAGCAGUCCGUCACAAACUAGCAAAGCAGAGUAGACCCUCACAACAAUCACACCAGUAGCAGUACCGAUAUUUUGUUGUACGGAUCGCUGUUUUACUGCGUGCAUAAUAUCCUUAGAUAGAAUCUUUAUGAGAUACCACAAUCUCACGCUAUCCACGCCUUUAAUAUGUAUGUAUGUAUAAAACUAAACUGAACUGCGGCUUAAUUAUCACAAUUAUUUCUCAUUUAAGGUUUGAUGAUUAAUUCUUCUUAUACAGUAUGUGCUAAUUGCACUCUGUUAAUUCGUAUCAUAUUACAAAACCCCAAGAUUUAUAUACAUGGAGGAUAAUACAUCAUUAUAUUAUUUUUUAUGACAACUUUUCCUUACAUCUUUUACUCACGUUUUUUAAAUCUCAGAGAUUUUUGAGAUAGUCUUUGAAAUAAAAUACAGGCAUCUUUUCGUUUUAAAAUGAUAGUGUUCUUUAGACUUAAUGUGUGUGUAGUGUUGUUGCCAUGCCUUUGCUCAUAAAAUAUGGUAAAUUAUUUCAUAGUUCUAUGAAAUAUAGACUUAUUGUGUGGUAAAAAUGCGAAUUGAAAUGAUGAAUAUGACGACGUCUUUUUAAUGCAGUGAAAAUAUAUGUAUUACACGCAUGUGUAAUUAUAUCUAAGUUUAUAAUUAACUAAAUAAUGUUUAAUGAAAUCAGCUCUAAAACAUACGAGAUUGUAAUCAGAGGUCUAAUCAAAAUGUA